UCGCUCAGCCCACUGGUGGCGUCCACCCGGACUGACACUCUCCAUCCCAUUGUUCCUGUGUCGCAGUGAAUGGAGACAAGUUUCGGUUGGUCACAACCAGAAGAAGAAGGACCCGCUUUGGACACAUGGACUAAAACCUACAUCACCUCCAUUGGACAGCGACGUCAGCAACCACUCAGCCGAACGUACGACGAACUGAAGCCCGUUCUGGAGUAUUUACCUCUGCAAUCGGAGAACAGGGAGUCUGGAGAGCAGCGCGACGGGACGCGACGGCUGAAAGAAGCGACACGAUGCGAGGGAAAGAAAACUGUUAGCAAAACUGAUGGCUUCAAAUUGCCGACUGUGAAUACCACUCCGUGGGUGAAAAGGAAAUACACCAAUGGAGUGAUUGGGUUGCACGAGGAGAUUCUAGACUUUACUGACUUUGUCACACCGCUUCCAGAAGAGCACAGAAUGAGGCAGGAAGUUGUGGAUAAAAUUAGGAAGGUUGUGGCCAAUCGGUGGCCUAACGCUACGGUCGAUUAUUUCGGUAGCUUUAGAACGAUGCUGUAUCUACCGACAAGUGACAUUGAUAUUGUUGUCUUUGGUGAAUGGGAUUCUUUGCCUCUUCGGACCUUGGAACAGCAACUAAUUGACAAUAAAAUUGCAGAUCCCGACUCAGUCAAGGUGUUGGACAAAGCUAAAGUCCCUAUCAUUAAACUGACUGACAGGGAAAGUAGAGUAAAAGUAGACAUCAGUUUUAAUACAAAGACUGGGAUAGAAAGUGCUGGUCUCACUGCAGACUUUCUUCACCAGUAUCCACUUCUUCGGAGAUUAGUUGUUGUAUUGAAACAGUUUCUACUUUUGCGUGAUAUGAACGAGGUAUUCACUGGAGGAAUUAGCUCAUAUAGUCUCAUUUUAAUGGCUGUCAGCUUUCUUCAGCUUCAUCCUCGUCUAAAUGCUACUUUGGAUGAUGCUAACCUGGGGGUUCUACUAAUUGAGUUCUUUGAGUUAUAUGGCCGAAAUCUAAACUAUGCAAAUGUUGGUAUCAGUGUUUCCAGAGGUGGUAGAUACUUCAAUAAGAAUGAGUUCUAUAAGACAAAUUUAGAUGGAUUUAUGCCUUCUCUGUUGUGUAUUCAGGAUCCUUUAGACGAAACUAAGGAUAUAAGUCGAAGCUCCUAUGGAGCUAUGCAAGUAAAGCAGGCCUUUGACUAUGCUUACAUCGUUCUUGUUCAAGCAGUAUUGAAUCCCGAGCCUCCUAGAUUUCGUGGUACUACCACGACAUUGGGCCGAAUUAUUCGCAUUCCUGAAGAGGUUAUUUCUUACAGGAAUUGGGUGGAAGGGAAAUGGGCACUGCCACGCGUUGAUGUGUCAGUGUCGAAUGCUUUUAUAACAGCUUCAUCAGCUUUGUCUGUUUCCUCUAAGUCUUGUUCAUCCGCAGUUUUGGAUAAUCAUUCUCAAGUCUCUGUUGGAAAGGGAGGUGAUAAAUUGAAGUCUGACACUGUUUCAUAUGCUGCUGCUGCCAGUGGCACAUUGAGCGGACAAGUCUUUGGUUUUGUGGAGUCCAAGUCACUUCUGGAAGAUGGAAAUGAAGUGAAAUCCAGGAGGCAAAAGCCAAUAGAUUCAGCGCCUGUUAGUGGUUCACUUAUUUCUGACAGUCAAGCUGAUAGUGACUUUGAGCUGUCGUCAGUUUCAAGCAAUCAGUCUUCACCAUCUAAAUCAGACAAUGGUCAUUCUGAUCCAGAACUUCAGAUGCGUGGCAGUAUGACAUCUAGGAGUCCCCUCUGUAAGCCUCUUUCAAGCGUUCAGAGAGUUGUAUCCAAUCGAGAUGAAACUAGGAAGAAAGCUAGAAUGAGGAGAUUUGGUAAGAGUGGUCAAAAGCUAGAUGUGUCAUCAGACAAUGAAAAAGCUGUUAUCACCUUUCAAUCUGCAUCAUCUACCAAAUCAGCUGUUCUUCCUUUGCCAGAUGAGCCUCGAAGUAGAAGUAACAGUAGUGGUAGUAAUGCUAGUAAUUCUGGCAAGCCAUCACGAAAGAGGACAAAGAAGAAUCAUUAUAGCUAUUUGAAAUGAAAAACGGCAUUGUUUCUGUGGCAUGUAACAGGAUGGAUCUCAUCAUUAGCCCUAUGUCAAUUGGGGUGAAGAAUGUACGUUUAUGGACUGGUUCUUAGAGACUUGAGUCAGUCGCAGUUAUCCUUUUACAAUUAUUUGGGUGGUUUAAAUUAAGUGUAGAUUUUUAUUGUCCACAGUCGACUUUUAAGGGUCACCACACCCUCUUAUAGUUGGUCACGUGCUAUAGUUGCACUGGACUAGCAGUACUAGUGCUUCGCUUCGUACUAAGACUAAGAGACAUAUGGAUCGGCG